UGUUUGGGUGUUCGGUCUUCCCAACCCGAACCUUCCUUUCCCUUCCCCCUUCUAACCCCCGCCCCUUCUUCGUUAACGGCACGGUGCGUGCUCCCGAGCCACCCAGUCGCAGGGCUGUUCUCCCUACCGGAAGCCAACUGGACACCUGACCCUCCCCCUCCUGGGAGCCCCCAAAAGGACAUCCCGGCUGCCCCUCCCAGCAGGAUGGCCGGACCCAGUGCCACUCGGGCUAAGAAGAGGAAGCCCAAUUUCUGUCCUCAGGAAACAGAAGUGCUGGUGUCCAAAGUCACCAAGCACCACCAGCUUCUCUUUGGGACAGGGCUGCUGAAGGCCGAGCCAGCCCGCAAGUACCGAGUCUGGAGCCGCAUCUUGCAAGCAGUGAAUGCUUUGGGUUAUUGCCGUCGGGACAUCGUGGAUCUGAAACACAAAUGGCGGGACCUACGGGCUGUGGUGCGGAGGAAGCUGGGGGACCUGCACAAAUCGGCCCAUGGCUCUGGCUCGGGCAAGCCCCAGGCCCUGGCACUCACCCCUGUUGAGCAGGUGGUGGCCAAGACCUUCUCCUGCCAAGCUGGACCAGCGGAGGGCUGCAGCCUUGAGGCUCAGAAGGCCACCCAGAUCGAUCCCACGAACCUCCAGGAGCUGUUCCAGGAGACAUCAGCAAAUGUCUUUCGAAUCAACUCCAAUGUGAUGUCUUUGGAACAGAACCUCCGCUCUCUGGGAACUGCAGGGGACACCCUGGAGCUGCGCAAUGGCCUGCAUACAUCACAGCAAGAGACCAAUAAAACCAUCGGUGCCAGCGUCAGUACCAUCAAGCAGCUGUCAGAGCUCAUGCGGAGCUUGUCUCAGCAAGAAAGCCUUCAGCUAGACCGACUAAGGAAUCAGUUGUUGGAUGUCCUCCAACGCUAUGGAGCAGUCCAGAAGAAAAUAACGGAGAAGUUCAAGACCUCCCAUCCCCUGGUGGCCACAGCUGGAGCGCAGAGGAGCAGAAGGCAGCAGCAGCAGCAGAGUCCCCGGACCACCUUUGCAGACCUGAGCGACGAGAAGAUCUUUAAUGGGGGUGACAGUUUGUGGCAGAAUCAGGAUCAGACCCUGCUCCCAGAGAUUACUGAUGAGGACCUGGAUACCCUCAGGCAUCAGGAGGAAACCAUUCAGCAGAAAGAGAAUGACAUGCUGGAUGUGAACCAGAUCAUCAAGGACCUGACUUCUUUGAUUCCUGAGCAAGGAGACGUGCUUGGAUCCACUAUCAACAUGUUAACAUGCAAGAGAAGCCCCAGUCCAGAGCCUGCAGUGGCUACCCCUUUAUCAGGGGAUGGGCCUGGUUCCACUCCUCCACAGCCAGGCCCUCACUCACGUACCAAGACCCGAAAACCAAACUUUAGUCCCCAAGAGACAGAGGUACUGGUGCAGAAGGUCACGCGACAUUACCAGCUGCUUUUUGGGGCACUCCGGGGCACACCAGCCAAGAAACACCGUGUAUGGAACAAGAUCCUCCAAGCCGUCAAUAAUCUGGGAUACUGCCGGCGGGACAUGGGUGACUUAAAACACAAGUGGCGGGACCUUCGGGGUGUCGUGAGGAAAAAGCUUGGGGAACAGCAGAGAGUCGCCACUGAAGGCGGGCAGGCCCAGGCUCUCGUCCUCACCCCAGUAGAACGCAUGGUAGCCGAGACCUUCUCUGCCCAUAGCAUCCAAGAUGAAAGACAAGGGGCCGAGUCCUUGCCAACUGAUGAAGAGGAGGAAGCGUCCAACUGCCUCUGGAUGCCCUUGCGGACUCUGGAACCCCCAAGCCUGGCAGAAGCUGACCCUCUGGACCUUCGGGGUGUCCUGCCCACCUCGGCCUCCUCUCCCUCUCCUCCCCCCUCUCCUGGGGCAGCCCCUCUGGGGGUCUCCUAUGGCGGUGGGGGCUGGAGGCCUCCCUUGCAGGGCUCUGCGCUGCUGGUACCGCCCACCAGCAGGCCCAAAGCCGACGCCUCAGAGUUCGAGCAGCAGCUGAUGGAAGCCCAUCUCCAGCAGGGAGCUCUCCUCUCUUCCUGGUACCAGCAGCAGAGCUCCCUGAUGACUCAACAGAAUCUGCUGUUGGAGCGUUUGGCAGAACAGAGCCAGCGGCUGGCCGAUGGGGUGGAGGCCCUCAACCGGACCCUUGAAAAGCUUGUGGAAGCCCGCCCUCUGGCUCAUGAGGUAGCCCACCUCAUCCAGGACAGCCCCCUGGCCGCCGGCAGUGCUCGCCUGCCCUCCCGAGUGCCAGUGGGGGACUCUGGCGGCCCCUCCCCGGGACUUGAUGUCUUCUCAGGGAUGAUCUUGAAAGUGGAGGAGGAAAUUUAGAAGUACCUCACUGGUAGGGAGGCAGCCUACAGAAAACCACAGAAAAAGCUGUUUAUGAUGAUCUUGAAGGCUCAGAAGGAAAUCUAAGACAAGGAUUCGUUGUCCGCUCCUGCUGUCGCAAUUGUUCAAGUGGGGCAUGGUCUGGGAGAGGGAAGCCAAGAAGCCAACUAGGAGAAAAAAAGAGACCUUCUCAGGGGCAAAAUGACAGAAGAUUUCUGAGGGAAGAGCUUGCCUUCCUGUUACCCCAGGCUGCUUCCCAGCAUUUCUAAUGGGGGUGAUAGAGAUGAGGGGAAUCAGUCUGAAGAAUGCUGCCCAGAGCAAGGUCUUCUCAGGGAAGAUGGACCAGAAAGCUAAGUCAAGGACACCUAUUGCCUCACUUGCUAUUCUAAGCUGAGCAGAUCACACAGGAAGCAAAUCCCAGAGUCCAGAGGAGAAAAGGCAGGAGAGGGAAGGAACAUCCCCCUGGGAAAUCAUGGAGCCAGUUAGGUGGGUGCCUAUAGAUGUCUGAAGCCUGGGCCUGAGAUUCGAACUCUCGUCCUAGUUUUCUUGGUGGACACACUCUGAGCAACAGUGGGGGUGUCCCUGACCAGAAGUGGUGGGCAGCCCCUCCCCAGCUCAAGGCCCGUUAUUCGCCCUGCUCCCUGGGGUUCUGGCCAGAGCAGAAGAGACUCCACUCCCAGGAGAAUUUCUGUCCCUAGAUCUGUUUUUAUAUCUCCAUUUUAAGCACAGCUAAUAUGAUCUCUGGUCCUUGGUGCUGCCUGGAGAGAUUGGCAGCUACUUUGUACCUCUUGGUUUUUAUUGAUAUUAAGGUAUUUUUCUUAUGAAAGCAUAAAGCAUUUUUAAAAAAAAGAAUGAUGGUGAUGGUAAUGAUUAUAACUACAAAUAAAAUGAAGAA